AUGGCACUAUACAACCUCAACGGGGAACUAGUGAAUUCAAUCAAAAACAGGUCAGGGAACGUUCCACAGUACACAGCAUUGACAAUGAGUGGGUAUCUAGUUUACGCUGAUUACUUUGAUAGCGCUGUGAACAUAGUGAAGGAUACAUAUAUACAGAGAGUGAUCAGACUACAGGGGUGGAGACCACGUGGUGUCUGUAUUACCUCCACUAUUGACCUUCUUGUUGUCAUGGACAGUGAUGAUAAUAAGCAAACAAAAGUUGUGCGUAACCCCGGCUCCACAGAGAAUCAAAGUAUCCAGUUCGAUGACAAAGGACAACCUAUAUAUACACCUGAAGGCACUUUAUACAUCAGUGAGAACAUGAACCUAGAUAUUUGUGUGUCAGACUAUAUUGCCCCUGCAGUAGUGGUGGUAAGUCAGGCCGGAAAAUUACGAUUUACUUACACUGGUCCUUUCUCUACAAAGGAAUCAUUUAGACCACGUGGUGUCACUACAGACAGCCAGAGUCGAAUCCUGUUUUCCGACUGUUACAAACUCUGUAUACACAUCCUGGAUCAGGACGGACAGUUCCUUCGCUACAUUGACAAUAUUCAUUUUCAGUGGCAAUGUGGUUUAUAUGUGGUCACAAGAGACAACCUCUUUGUGUGUGACUGGGAAAUGGGUAAAGUGAAGAUAAUACAUAAUCAAAUGUAA